AUGAAAAUCAAAUUCGAUACACACCUUGUUCAUGUCGACACAUCACAUCCAUUGAAGGUUCACCCUCGUGAAUCUGUCAAAAAUGCUUUUAGUCUACACGAUGAGAUCAGUAGAAAGUUUAAGAUUCUAGAUCAGAAGAUGCAAGCUGAUAUUAGACUACCGUGGAUUGUGAUUUUGAAGAGACUUGAGACUGGAGGUAAUGACAUUGACGUCGAGGCGGAGUUGCUGAAUAUUGAUAAAGAAGUCGAUGGCUUGGAGAAACUGCAUGGAAACCUCGAGGAAUUGAUCUCUGAAAUUCCUCUGGCGAAGACUUAG